AGUGAAGAAUUUAGCAGAAGCUUUGCAGACCUUAACAAACUCCUUAAAAAGUCUGAAAACAUGGACACCAACACCAAAAGGUUUUCAUCAACAGAGAAGAAUGUUCAUAUUGCAUUAUCUGCUUUAAAAAAAAAUCUACAAUGAAAAAAGUACACCAAGGAAAUCACCAUGGGCAUAUUACUGAAAAAAAAAAUGAUGCCUCAAGAAAAGCCUCAGGUUUGAAUUCAAUAAAAGGAAACUGCCACAAUUUUUGUACUGCUGUUUUUAAAGAUGUCACCUAUAAGGAACUUAAAAACCUCUUGAAUUCCAAAAAAAUUAUGUUAAUUGAUGUUAGAGAGACAUGGGAAAUUCUUGAGUGUGGAAAAAUCCCUGGGUCUGUCAAUAUACCAUUGGGUGAGGUAGGUGAAGCUCUACAGAUGCACCCAGAAGACUUCAAAGAGAAGUAUAAUGAAGUGAAGCCAUCCAAAUCCGAUAGUCUAGUGUUUUCUUGUUUAGCUGGAGUGAGAAGCAAGAAGGCUCUGGACACAGCAGUAUCUCUGGGCUUUAACAGUGCCAAACACUAUGCUGGAGGAUGGAAGGAAUGGGCAUCCUACGAAUAUUCAGAGAAGCCACAAGGAAACUGAAUUUUGGAAUACAAGCUCACUUUUUCCUUGUGUAUGUGCAGCCUAGCACAAUGGAAUGAGCAAGAGAAUAAAACUCUAGCCCUGGCACCACUGGCUAAUGGGAAGGAGAUUCUGUAUAAGUCAA